AUGAGUAUCGCCAUCGUCAUCUCUGUUUUCUUGGUAUCUCCCACCCUCAUCGUUCUCCUCGUAGCUCUCGCUACCCUUGUCUCCUUUUCUUUGGUCGCAACAACAUUCGCUAUCUACGUCGUUAUCCUCGACCUCAUAGGAGCUACCCCUAGUUCCCUUCUAUACACCGCCGCUAUCAUUUUACUGCGAAUCUUUCCAAUGUCUCUUGACCCCUACAACUAUGCUUCGCCAAUGAUUUCUUACAGUGGUGGUGAUUGGCAAUACCGGAUGCUUGCUCGAACCGUUGGCUAA